GACUGACUGACUGCAGUCUCGAACAUCAAUACCUACUUUGCAAGACGUCGGGUGUCGUUUUCUUUUCUUCCACUUCUUUGGGACAUCAAGACACACAUCAAUAUCCUCCUCUUGGCUUGUAGAAACAACCGUCAGUCACAAUGGCGUCUUCAGCCAGCUCGAGCUCUGCGAGAACCAGAGCCCCGAUGCAGCACAUCGACCGCAAGGAGCUCUACACCAGUCUCGAGGCGCGCAUCCGCUAUCUCCAUUCCUUCCUUGAUUUCGGCACCGAUGACGUCGAAGCUCUCUCCUCCGGCGCCAAGUACAUACAAGCCCUGAUCCCCGCCGUAGUCAACAUCGUCUACAAGAAGCUCCUCCAAUACGACAUCACGGCGCGCGCCUUCCAGACCCGCAGCACCGCCUUCGAGGGUUCCAUGGACGAGGUCCCCGACGAGGAAAGCCCCCAGAUUCUCCACCGCAAGCUGUUCCUGCGCGCAUAUCUUAAGAAGCUAUGCUCGGACCCUACGCAGAUGGAGUUCUGGGAGUAUCUCGACAAAGUGGGCAUGAUGCACACUGGGCUCGGCCGCACGCACCCGCUGCACAUUGAGUACAUCCACAUUGGCGUCACCCUGGGCGUCAUCCAGGACAUUCUCAACGAGGCCAUCCUGUCGCACCCACGCCUGCCGAUGCCGCGCAAAAUCGCUUUUGUUAAGGCACUGGGCAAAGUCAUUUGGAUCCAGAACGACUUAUUCACCAGGUGGUAUGUACACGAUGGUGAAGAGUUCACGGACGGAAUGGACUUUGGCGUCGUAGAGAAGGAAGGGUUCUUACAUGGCAAGAAGGUGCUAGAUGAGACUUCCGAAGCCUCUUCUUCUUCGGCUGCUGCUGCUGCUACUGGCAGCUCAGCGUGUCCUUUUUCGUCCGUUGUCGAAAGCAAAGACUGGGCGGCGGCGGCGGCGGCAUCCGCAUCUGACAGCACGUGUCCGUUCUCUGGAGCCAGCAAGACGAUGGAGGGUCUCAGCAUCAAGGAUAAGAAGCCAGUGUCUGCGGCUAAGAACAACGAUGACGCUAGGUCUGAUAUAACAGAGAAGGCGUCUCGUCAAGAGAAAACCAUCUGACAGUGUUCUUUGAAGAGGGCGAUCGUUAUUAUACUACGAAGAUCAUGACUGGGGCUGCAUUUCAUCUUUCCUUCUUGUUUUCUUUCUCGGUAUUGUAGUUUCUGGCACGACAAGCGGGUGUAUUACUAGGUUUAUCAUUGUUGCGGUAACAGGGACUUGGCUUCUGGCGUGCAUGGGAGAUGAUGGAGGGUUGGUGUUGGGUUCCACUUCAUGUUCUACACAGGUCACGGUUCUUGUUUGUUGAUCCAUAGAUAAUGAAAGGAAUGAGGAGUGCUUUUCUACCCGGA